CCAUUAUUUUUUUCAGAACAAUGGUUCAAAAGUUCCAAGUUGAGGGUUAUGAAGCUUUCAAGGCUAAAGUUGAGGAAUUAGCGAAGGGUGAUAAAGAUGUAUUUGUUCUGUUCUCUGGCUCCAAGGAUUCUAAUGGAGAGAGUUGGUGUCCAGACUGUGUUGUAGCUUAUCCAGUAAUUCAGGAUUGUUUGAAGACUGUAUCUGAUGAAGCAAGCUUCCUGUAUGUUGAGGUGGGGGAUAGAACAUUCUGGAAGGAUCCUAAAUGCAUCUUCCGCACAGAAACAGAAACUAAGCUGAAAAGUGUGCCUACCCUGGUCAAGUGGGGAACCCCUGAACGGCUGGAGGAGGGGCAAUGCGCUGACCGGAAUCUGGUCAAUAUGCUCUUUGAGGAGUAAACAUCAAAAUACAAGACACAGGAUAACUUC